GCUCUCGCGUGAGUUCUGUGCCGCAAAUGUAUUGCAGUUAUCUUUUGGUACGAUAAGAUUCCUUUGAUCUCCUUUUUUCCCUCCGUUUUUUCUUAUAAUCAGUCGUAGGUGAUGGGUUAAUUUAAGACUUAAAAGCUGUUACAAAAUGAUUUUUGGAAACGUCACCGAUGAACAAGACAUCCUUUUAGAACCGAGGUCGCUGAUAAAGUGGGAGGUUACAAGUGAGGUCAAGACGGGCGGCCAUUUUCUGCUAACGUUAUAUUCUUGCUACGCAACACGGAGAUAACUAGCCAAAUAGUAAACGUUAGUUAAGUAACGACGCCUAGCUAUAUACAUUUGUUUCCAUUUUUAUAUACUAGCCUCGGGACAUUUCACAGUUCUGAAAAUGAGUGACAUCGAGGACGGGAACUUUGAAGGCAGAGAUUCCCGCUCGCCAUCCAAGUCGGAGCGGGACAGUCCAGUCCAUGCUAAGUCCGACAGCAGAUCGGGCUCUCCCAGCCCAUCCCGAGCUUCCAAGCGUUCUGAAUCCAGAUCUCACUCCCGCUCCAAGUCGAGGUCUCACUCCCACCGUCAUUCCAACCGCCGCUACAGCCGCUCCCGCUCGCACUCUCACUCCCGUCGGAAGAAGUCCCACUCCCGAUCCUACAGCCCAGAGUACCGACGCAGGAGAAGCCAGAGCACGUCCCCCAUGUCCAACCGCCGACGCCACACAGGCAGCCGUGCGAAUCCGGAUCCCAGCACGUGUCUGGGUGUGUUUGGCCUGAGUCUAUACACCACAGAGAGGGACCUGAGAGAAGUUUUCUCCCGCUACGGCCCCCUUGCUGGAGUCAACGUGGUGUACGACCAGCGCACUGGCCGCUCCCGAGGAUUUUCUUUUGUUUACUUUGAACGCAUUGAGGAUGCCAAAGAGGCUAUGGAGCGGGCCAAUGGGAUGGAGCUGGAUGGCAGACGCAUCAGAGUGGACUAUUCCAUCACCAAAAGGGCACACACCCCUACACCAGGAAUAUACAUGGGCCGUCCCACACAUAAUGGAGGAGGUGGGAGCAGCAGUGCUGGGCGGCGGCGAGAGUCAUAUUAUGACCGCGGCUACGACAGAUAUGACCGAUAUGAUGAAUAUGAAUACAGAUACAGGCGUUCUCCAUCACCGUACUACAGUCGAUACCGGUCUCGUUCAAGAUCUCGCUCCUAUAGCCCACGACGAUAUUAAAUUCAUGAACACCCUUUGGUUUUCAUUGGCUUGGAUCUGUGAUUGCUAAAAAAAAGCUUUCAAACAUGUAAACCUAAUAGGAGAAGAAAAAGGAGUAACUAAGGAAAAGAGUUGUUUUUAAUUAGAUGUUUCGGUUUGCAUUUUCUAGUGUGACAGUUGUAAUGUGAGAAUUGUGGCGACCAUGACUUAUUACUUUGCAACAGGUACAUGUGUGUGUUGUGGUGGUUGUUGUUUUUGUUUUUGUUUUUGUUUUUUAAAGAUUUGUUAUAAACCUGGGUGAAUGGGCCUGUUCUUGUUCGUUGUGAAUUUGUGUAAGCAAGUGAGAAUGUAGUCAACAUUGAUAGUACAGACAAACCUUUCUGACAACCCACCAUUUUGUCUUCACUGUUCUUUUAACACUUUUUUUUUAAGUAGUGAAAACUUCUUGUAUGUCUAUGAAUGUCAGGGAUGUAAAACAAAAAUUACUUGGAUUUUGGAUCCAUUUUUACUUUUAAGAACUAAAUACUUCAUAAGAUGCAGUAUCCCUUCUUGAGAAUUACUGUAAAUGCAGGCCAGCUUUUGAUGCUGUUAAAAGAGAACAGUGCUAAAAACCUGUCUACAUACCUGUAAACUUGUCCUUGUAUCUUCAUAUCUUGUGUUAAUAAACGACUACUCAUGGGACAUCCUUCA